UGAAAACAAAGAACUAUGGCUUCUCAGACCAAAGUGGUGAUUAUUCUCGCCACAGCAGGAGCAGCUUUGGCUGUGGCAAACCCAAUAUCAGAAGCUGAUCCUAACAUUGUGAAAGAUCUGGCAGUAAAGGGUGCAAUUUCUAAGAACUGCCCAACUGGAUGGACCUCCUAUUGUGGUCGCUGCUACUUCUACAACGCCGCCAGACUGGAUUGGGUUUCUGCAGAGAAAUUCUGUCAGAAAUUUGAUGCUCACUUGGUCUCAAUACACAGUGAGAAAGAAUAUCAGCAUAUAAAGUCUCAUGACCCCGCGCAGAAUCCAACAUACAGCGGCCUCAGUGACUGUCAGAAGCCUUAUAAAUUUUUUUGGUCUGAUGGCACCAAAUUGACUUUCACCAAGUGGAAUCCAGGACAACCAGAUAAUUAUAACAACAACGAGCACUGUGUGUACAUGAAUGCUGGUACCCUGAAAACUGGAAUGGUACUCCUUGUGACAACCCCUAUGCCUUUGUGUGUGCCAAGAAAAGUGGCUGAAACGCUUCCUACUGCAUCUCACCAUAUAUAAUACAAUAUUUUUCCUUGUCACUGAUGAAUUUCUAAAAUGAUUCUGUGGCAGACUUCCAUAACAUCAGCAAUAAAAAAUCUAAAAAAAAGUGUCA